AUGGCGAACACGACUCGACCUGAAAACUACCAACUUGAAGCAACUGCACCACCUCAAUGCUCCAAUGUACGUGGCCUGUACCAAAGCGUGGCUCUCGCUGCUGUAAACAGCUUUCUGUCCAUCCUUGCAUCUGUGGGAAAUUUUCUCAUUCUCGUCGCCCUUCACAAGGAGUCUUGCCUACGUCUGCCAUCAAAGCUGUUGUAUCGUUGCCUUGCAGUCACUGAUCUUAUCGUUGGCUUUCUUUCUCAGCCUCUGUUUGCCACCCAGUUAAUGUUGGAUGUGAACGAACUGUCUCAGGUGUGCUCUCGUAUUCAGAUGCUGGCAGCUAAGAUGGGCUUGGUUUUUAGUGGAGUAUCCUUAAUGACAGCAACCGCAAUAAGUGUGGACAGACUUCUCGCUCUGUCACUUGGCCCGAGGUACAAACAAGUUGUGACGCUGAGGCGAGUUGGUGCAGUUUUGAGCUACUGUUGGUUGACAGGUGGAGCUAGCGCACUGAUUUAUAGCUUGUGGAAAUCCAUCGUCGGAAUCCUCAAGACAAUAGUAACUUCACUCUGCUUGAUAAUUUCCGCUUAUAGUUACACGAGAAUAAUUUUUCGCCUCAGCCAUCAUAAAGCUGUUAUACAAAGCAAGGUUAACCCAGAAAAGCCAAACGCAGGAGGUGUUCCUCUGAACAUAACAAAAUACCGAAAAACUGUAUCUGCAGCACUGUGGGUCCAGAUAACAUAA